UGCGGGAGUUGCUGGGAGUGCGCGCGGUCGGAUCACAAGGCGGCGGCGGCGGCGGCGGCCCGGAGACCCGAGCGCGGAGACCUCAGCCCGAGGCCUACGCCGAGAGCCUGCUCUGCACCGGAGGACCGGGGCAUCGCGCUGUGCAUCACCGAGGUACUGUGCUCCGCGCUCCCCGCUCGGCCCGGCCCAGCGCGCUGCGGCUGCGCCUCCUUCCUUCCUCCUUCCCUCGCUCUCGCCCGCCCGCGCCUUCCCUGCCCGCCUGCGUCACCGCGGCCGCCAUGGCUGAGAACGGCGAGAGCAGCGGCCCCCCGCGCCCCUCCCGCGGCCCUGCCGCGGCCCCGGGCUCGGCCGCUACGCCCACCGAGCCCAAAAUCAUUAAAGUCACUGUGAAGACCCCCAAGGAGAAAGAGGAGUUCGCAGUGCCCGAGAAUAGCUCCGUCCAGCAGUUUAAAGAAGCGAUCUCGAAACGCUUCAAAUCUCAAACCGAUCAGUUAGUGCUGAUUUUUGCUGGCAAAAUCUUAAAAGAUCAAGAUACCUUGAUGCAGCAUGGCAUCCAUGAUGGACUGACUGUUCACCUGGUUAUCAAAAGCCAGAACCGACCUCAGGGCCAGUCCACCACUCAGCCUAGCAGUGCCGCGGGAACUACUACUACCUCCGCGUCGACUCCCAGGAGUAACUCCACACCUAUUUCCACAAAUAGCAACCCCUUCGGCUUGGGGAGCCUGGGAGGACUUGCAGGCCUUAGCAGCCUAGGCCUGAGCUCGACCAGCUUCUCCGAGCUCCAGAGCCAGAUGCAGCAGCAGCUCAUGGCCAGCCCUGAGAUGAUGAUCCAAAUCAUGGAAAAUCCCUUUGUUCAGAGCAUGCUUUCGAAUCCCGACCUGAUGAGGCAGCUCAUUAUGGCCAAUCCACAGAUGCAACAAUUGAUUCAGAGAAACCCAGAAAUCAGCCACCUGCUCAACAACCCAGAUAUAAUGAGGCAGACCCUGGAAAUCGCCAGGAAUCCAGCCAUGAUGCAAGAGAUGAUGAGAAAUCAAGACCUGGCUCUCAGCAAUCUCGAAAGCAUCCCAGGUGGCUACAACGCGCUAAGGCGUAUGUACACUGACAUUCAGGAGCCGAUGCUGAAUGCUGCACAGGAGCAGUUUGGGGGUAAUCCGUUUGCCUCGGUGGGGAGCAGUUCCCCCUCGGGGGAAGGUACUCAGCCUUCCCGCACAGAAAACCGAGAUCCACUACCUAAUCCGUGGGCGCCCCCACCGGCCACCCAGAGUUCUGCGACCACCAGCACGACCACAAGCACUGCCAGUGGCUCUGGCAGUGGCUCCAGCAAUGCUGCUGGGAACACCGUGGCGGCAGCUAAUUAUGUUGCCAGCAUCUUCAGUACUCCAGGAAUGCAGAGUCUGCUGCAGCAGAUCACUGAAAACCCCCAGCUGAUUCAGAAUAUGCUGUCCGCACCCUACAUGAGAAGCAUGAUGCAGUCACUGAGCCAGAAUCCAGAUCUGGCUGCACAGAUGAUGCUGAACAGCCCGCUGUUCACUGCAAAUCCUCAGCUGCAGGAGCAGAUGCGUCCACAGCUCCCGGCUUUCCUGCAGCAGAUGCAGAAUCCAGACACACUCUCGGCCAUGUCAAACCCGAGAGCUAUGCAGGCUUUAAUGCAGAUCCAGCAGGGGCUGCAAACAUUAGCCACUGAAGCGCCUGGCCUCAUUCCGAGCUUAGGACCCACUGGCCCUGCAGGCACCCCUGGCUCCACUGGCUCUGGUGCCCCCACCGGAGGCAGCGUGCCCAGCACUGCACCCAGCGAAACUACAAGUCCGACGUCAGAACCUGGACCGAACCAGCAGUUCAUUCAGCAAAUGGUGCAGGCUCUGGCUGGGGCAAAUCCUCCGCAGCUGCCGAACGCAGAAGUCCGAUUCCAGCAGCAACUGGAACAGCUCAACGCAAUGGGCUUCUUAAACCGCGAAGCAAACUUGCAGGCUCUGAUAGCAACAGGAGGCGACAUCAAUGCGGCCAUUGAGAGGCUGCUGGGCUCCCAGCCGUCCUAAUUACGUUUCUGUACCUUGAAAAAAAAUGUAUCUUAUUUUUGAUAAUGGCUCUUAAAUCUUUAAUCACACACAGAAUCGUGCUAUACUUUGAUUUUGAUUCUUUUAAAUCUGUUGAGUUAUAAAUCUUAAUACGAUGCAUUUUAAGGUGGAGUCCUUCCCUCCCUCCCCUGUUCCUUCUCUCCCUUAACCCCUUCCCCCCUUCCCUUCCCUUUCCCUAUCUCUUCCUCUCCCCUCCUCCCUUCCUCCCCCCUCCUUUGUUUCCUUUGAUUUCCUUCUCCGUUUCGAAUGGUGGGGAUCAAUGCUGUCUCACUCAAAGCUGUUGCAUGUGAACUUUUCUCUUUAUUCUGCAUUUAUUGUGACUUUUGGAACAGGUAUCAGCCUUCACAGUUGGGUGAACAAGUUUUGUCCUACGAUGUCUGAUUUAUUUGCAUUUUAACAUUAGCCUAUGAUAGUAAUUUAAUGUAGAAUGAACGAUAUUAAAAACAGAAGCAAAUUAUUUGAAGCUCUCUAAUUUGUGGUACAAUAUUGCUUCUUGUGACUUUGGCAUGUAUUUUUGCUAGCAAAAUGCUGUAAGAUUUGUACCAUUCGUCGACCUUUUUUGCUAUGUUUGUACACAGUACAGUAAGCACAAUUGGAACUGUACAUCUAGAAAUAUCGCAGUAGAAUCUCUGAGCAGAAUAUGUGUAACCAAAAGGAGAAAGGAUACCAGAAAUAUUCUGGAGCUAGUUAUGUCUCACAGUUUUGUAGAAUCUUACAGCAUAUUUGAUCAAUUUCUCAGUGAAAAUGUUGGCUAGGCAAGUUCAGUUAAACUCUAGUAGAAAUGUUUAUCCUGGUAUAUCUAAGUAUACAUUUAAUUGUACAGAAAACUUACAGUGUAACAUUGUGUCAACAUUUGCAGAUUGACUGUAUAUGACCUUAAUCUUUGUGCAGCCUGGAGGGUCAGUGUAGUAAUGCCAGGAAAGUGAUUUUACCUAAGACUUCCUUCUCAGAUUCCUCCAUAAAGAGACCCUAAUAUGCAUUUUGAUUUGUAAUUGGAAAUGUAACUUUCACUGAAAGUGUCAUGUGAUGUUUGCAUUACUUUAACUGCUAUGUAUAAAGGAAAGUGUAUUCUUUGACUUUAUCAGUUAUUUCUCUUGUGCACAGGGAAAAAUGCAUUAAAAAUGACUAAAAAAAAUAAAAAAAAUUAAAAAU